ACAGACCACACUGAAUCAGAACCAAACAGGAACCAAGUCAUCUUCCAGGAAGCUGCUGAAGCUGAGAACCAAAAUCAAGAAAGACGAAAACCUUUCUCAAGUGUCAUCUGUGAAAAGCGUUUGGCUUUCAAAUCUGUUUUUGAUGCUCUUAUGAGAACUCAUACGGGUGAAAAGCCGUUUUCAUGUGUGAAGUGUGGAAAGAGUUUUAUUCAAAAACAUGAUUUAACUCGUCAUGUGAUGAUUCAUACUGGUGAAAAGCCGUUUUCAUGUGUGAAUUGUGGAGAAUGUUUUCGUCAAAAACAGUAUUUAACUAAGCAUAUGAUGAUUCACACGGGUGAAAAGCCGUUUUCAUGUGUGACCUGUGGAAAAAGUUUUAGUCAAAAACAUGUUUUAACUCAGCACAUGAUGAUUCACACUGGUGAAAAGCCGUUUUCGUGUGUGAACUGUGGAAAGAGAUUUAGUCGAAAACAGGAUUUUACUCAGCACAUGAAUAUUCACACAGGUGAAAAGCCGUUUUCAUGUGUGACCUGUGGAAAAAGUUUUAUUCGAAAACAGGAUUUAACUCAGCACAUGAUGAUUCACACUGGUGAAAAGCCGUUUUCAUGUGGAAAUUGUGGAAAAAGCUUUUGUCAAAAACAAAAUUUAAUUCGGCACAUUAGGGGUCACACUGGUGAAAAGCCGUUUUCAUGUGUGACCUGUGGAAAAAGUUUUAUUCGAAAACAGGAUUUAACUCAGCACAUGAUGAUUCACUCUGGUGAAAAGCCGUUUUCAUGUGUGACCUGUGGAAAAAUUUUUAGGCAUAAAUCGGCUUUAACUCAGCACAUGAUGAUUCACACAGGUGAAAAGCCGUUUUCAUGUGUGACCUGUGGAAAAAUUUUUAGGCAUAAAUCGGCUUUAACUCAGCACAUGAGGAUUCACACUGGUGAAAAGCCGUUUUCAUGUGUGACCUGUUUAAAAAGUUUUAGUAAUAAACAUUGUUUAACUAAGCACAUGACGCGUCACACAGUUGAAAAGCUGUAGAAGUAUGUUCCAUAAAUGUCCUAUGUUGUAUUUGUUAAAUGUGAUCAUUUUGAUCUUCACAUUUGGUUACUUAGAGAUGUUCAACCAUGACACAUUUUCCUUCAUUGAUGUUUUAUUUUUCUGGUAUAUUCUGUAUCAAAAAACAAUAAUGAUA